GGUCACUCAGUGGAGAAACCAAAGCGUUUCUGGAUUUAAAUGAAAGGUCGUACUUCUAUGCAGGACUUUUGGUCCUUUGAUGCACAGAAUCAAAGGCCCUGGAGGUCAUAAAGUCUCUCGUCGUGGAUCUCCACUGUCAGCUUUGAGUGACAGAAACCAUGGAGAGAUCAAGUUCCCAGAAGGAGCUCCGCAGAAGGAUCGUGGAGAGCCUCUACGAGCUGGUCCACCACUUCUUCAGCACCAUUAGCGCGGACCAGUGGACCUCCCUGAGAACAGGGAAUCCAGAUUUUAGCACCAAGUUCAAACUGGCCGAACUGCUGAUGAACAUUGUCUCGGUCUUAUCCAAGUCCUUUCUGGUGGCCCUGGAACAUAUGGAGAAGGUUUCCGAGGAACAGGUCCUGGCCACCGUUGAGAGCACAGUCCCUCAGACCUUCUCUCAGAUCUUGAAUGUGGAGGAGGAGGAGACGACCAGCGACAGCACCAGGAACCUGGUGAGCCUUGUUGGCCAAGAGGUGACUGAGAAUGUCCGCUCUGGUCUCUCAGUCCUCCCCAGGGGACCGAGUCAAAACAAGGAGGCCUCUGGGCGGCUCAAUGAGAUGAUCCGCCACACUUGCCAGAUGAUUAAAGACUUCAUGUCCAAGGUGAUGUGCGACACCCCUCCUCGAAGAAGGGCUGGGUCUGGCAAGAUGAAGAUGGGAGCUUCCUCUUGGGAGCUCCGGGUCCCAACCUCGAGGGAAAUCCCUGCCCCGAGUCCAGGCGACUUCCUGAGCUACGUGGCAGACACGGUGAGGGUGGUCAUGCUCAGGGAGGUGCACCAAGUAACAGAUCCGCUACUAGGGGACUUGGACGGCAAUACGGAACCUCCGCUCCUGGACUCAGAGUUUGGGAUGGUGGCCAAAGAUGUGGCCCAGGUCCUUAUCAAGAACCGGCAGGUGGCCGACUCUGUGUGUCCAUGUAAAAGUUUCCUCCUCAAACAGAAGAUACAUAAGUACAUCAAGAAUCAUAUCCGGACAUUUCUGGGCAAAUACGUCCUGAAGGCUCUGUUGCGGCGCUGUCUGGCCCAGAUCCAGGUGGACUUGGGUCAGGAGCUGUCCCAAGAAAGCAGUCGCGUCUUCUUGGCCCACUUGGAGUCCCUGAUGGUCCCAGAAGGAGACAGAGGCCAAAACGAGGCAAAGGUCUACAAGCGGAUCCGGGCGCUCACCAGCCUCCGAAAUGCAAAAAUCCUGAGUGACUUGAUGCAAACACACCUUCAGAUUGAAGUUGGCUCGACUGAGAGGACUGUGACUGAGGAUCCCCGCAAGGUCCUGUAUGUCAGACUCGCCAAGAGAGUCAACGACAUUCUGGUCUUUGCGACAUGGUGGAUCUCCACCCAAGCCAGUGGUCACAGCGAGAGGAUGGCCAGACUCCUCCUGGACUCACCGACCCUCGGUGUGCCACCGGCACGUGACAGCGAAGACCCCACAGACUUUACCAGGGUCUGUCUGGAAACUCUGGUGGAGAAGCUCGUGUCCCAGAUCCAUAUCAAGACCGAGAUCAACCGGUCACUGAGGAAGCCGGAGAUCACGGUCAAGAGGCUCUUUGACAAGACCUGGGCCGAGGUGGAGAACCUGCAGAUGAAAAUCAGCCCCGACAAGUUUGAAAAGAUCGUGAAGACCAUUUUCAAAGGCUUGUGCAAGAGGUGGGGAUCAGCAGACCGUGUCAUGGUUCUGAUCAAACUCCAGGAUCAAGAGCUUGAGGACUUCAUCGUGUCUUCUUUUAGAAGGAAGCUGCUGAAAGCUAAAUGAGUGAACCUGGAUAUGGUGCGACCCCCUCAGCAGACUCUAUAUUAGAGGCUCUUGAGGAGGGGGAUCUUGAGGGUCUUCUGGCUCAUCUUUCGCACUCUCAGUCAGGUCAUGUGACCCUGCCAGAGACUCUGAGCAACUUCAUUGGUUUAUUAACACCUUCAAGAAAAUCUCCACCGACAAAGAUACAAUCACAAACUUGAACUGGCAGGUCGGGAGCAGAAGACAAAAGGAACAUUAAGGCACAUAGAACCUUGUGGAACCACUUGUGCUCCACCAACUGCUGCAUUCAGGCAUCGGAAUGUUGAGACCCUUUGUGAUUGGAGUGAGAAGUCAUGGGGUGGAACAUAGGAAUGAAAACUUGGUUGCUCUAAACAAGUCUGUCAAGACGAAAAUUAAAAAGUGUAAUCUUCGUAAA